CCCUCUCUAUUUUACCCUUAUAUACACUUCUCCUCCCACUCACCUCUCUUCAUCCACAGCUCAAGUUUCCCCUUUUUCCUCAAACAACUUUUCUUAGCAAAAACUUAGUUCUAGCAAAGGGAACAAAUGGCUAAGGACAUCGAAACGACGGCGGAGCAAGGCGGAGGCGAGUUCUCAGCCAAGGACUACCACGACCCACCACCGGCACCGCUGAUCGACUUCGAUGAACUCACCAAAUGGUCGUUUUACAGGGCGUGUAUUGCCGAGUUCAUUGCCACCCUUCUCUUCUUGUAUGUCACGGUCUUGACUGUGAUUGGCCAUAAAGUCCAAACCGACCCGGCCAAGAAUACCGUUGACCCGGACUGCGGUAGCGUUGGCAUCCUCGGUAUCGCUUGGGCCUUUGGUGGCAUGAUCUUUAUCCUUGUUUAUUGCACCGCCGGUAUCUCAGGAGGACACAUCAACCCGGCGGUGACGUUCGGACUUUUCGUGGGGCGAAAGGUAUCGCUGAUCCGAGCCAUCAUGUAUAUGGUGGCUCAGUGCUUAGGUGCUAUCUGCGGUUGUGGGUUGGUCAAGGCUUUCCAGAAGACUUACUACAACAACUACGGCGGUGGUGCCAACGAGCUCCAACCCGGCUUCAACAAGGGCACCGGCUUGGGCGCUGAAAUCAUCGGGACCUUCGUUCUCGUUUACACCGUCUUCGCCGCCACUGAUCCCAAGAGGAACGCUAGGGAUUCCCAUGUUCCAGUGUUGGCACCACUCCCCAUUGGAUUCGCCGUGUUCAUGGUUCACCUGGCCACAAUUCCAAUCACCGGCACCGGUAUCAACCCUGCAAGGAGCUUUGGAGCUGCUGUGAUUUACAACAAAGAGAAGGCCUGGGAUGAUCAGUGGAUGUUCUGGGUUGGACCCUUCAUCGGAGCCGCCGUUGCAGCCUUUUACCACCAAUACAUCCUAAGAGCAGCAGCCAUUAAAGCCCUUGGAUCUUUCAGGAGCAACAAUUAAAAUAUUUUCAUAGAUAAUCACAACAAAAACAAUGGUCUGUGGGGAUGUAAUAAGAAAUGGAAAUGAGUGCAUGUUUGUGUCGGGGGAGGGUUCCCUUAUUGCAGUUUAUGUCUUUGGUUUGAAGGGUGGGGGAGCCAAUGAACUGUAAAUAAGAACAUAUUUAUGGAUAAGGGUGUCUUAUCAAUC